AGGAAGUAAAAGUAGCAGUAGCAGAAGGAGAGGGAGGGGAAGACAGCGGCUUUUAUCGCUACACGUGUAAUAUUUUCUAUGUGAAUCUACCCUCUUCACCUUUAAUAAGCUAAACCCGCUCGGACAGAAAAGCCACUGUAGACGAAGACCAUGGGGGCAUAUCUGUCGCAGCCGAACACGACCAAGACCUCCUCCGACGGCGGCAACACCAGCAUGAGCUACGGCUUCUCUGCCAUGCAGGGCUGGCGGGUCUCCAUGGAGGACGCUCACAACUGCAUCCCAGAUUUCGAUGAAGAGACAGCCAUGUUUGCUGUGUAUGAUGGCCAUGGAGGUGAAGAGGUGGCUCUGUAUUGUUCAAAGUAUCUUCCUGACAUCAUCAAGGAGCAGAGGACUUACAAAGACGGGAAGCUGCAGAAGGCACUGGAGGAUGCAUUUCUAGCCAUUGAUGGCAGAAUAACCACAGAGGAGGUCAUCAAGGAGCUGGUGCAGAUCUCCGGCCGCCCCGCCGAGGAGCCGCAGUCUGAGAAGGUGGCAGAGGAGGACGACUUGGACAACGAGGAGGCAGCGUUGCUCCAUGAGGAGGCCACCAUGACCAUAGAGGAGCUGCUGGUCCGCUACGGCCAGAACCUCAACGCCGUCAAACAUGCAGCGGCAGCCGCCAGCGGUGCAGCUAAGAAGGCCUCCGCCCAGAACGCAGAGGUCUCGAAGGAUAAAGGAGAAGAUCCUGAGAAGAAAGGGGUGAACGGAGAGGUGGACGAGGAGGAGGGUGAUGGGAAAGUGAAGGAAGGAGCGGUGUGUGGGUCCAAACUGAGAGCCUGUCGGAGAACAGGAGGCAGUGAGGGGAGCAGUUCAGCUGAGAGCGGAGAGAAGGGAAGCUCCAACGGAGAGGAGAAAGCUGUGAAAGCAGAAGGAGAUGCCGGGCCUUCCUGCUCCUCUGCGUCCUCAAAAGCUAGCGGAGACUCAAAAUCCAGAUUCUUUGACGACAGUGAAGAGUCUGAGGAGGGAGAGGAGGAGGAGGAGGGGAGUGACGAAGAGGAUGGGAGCGACGAGGAAGAAGCAGACACCAGUGAGCUGGAGGAAGAGGACACAGAGGAGGGAGAGGAAGACUCUGAGGAUGAAGAGGAGGAGAUGUGUCUACCAGGAAUGGAUGGAAAAGAAGAGCCCGGCUCGGACAGCGGCACCACAGCCGUCGUGGCUCUGAUCCGAGGGAAGCAGCUGAUCGUGGCCAACGCCGGCGACUCGCGCUGCGUCGUGUCUGAACGAGGCAAAGCAGUGGACAUGUCCUACGACCACAAGCCGGAGGACGAGGUGGAGCUGACGCGCAUCAAGAACGCUGGAGGGAAGGUGACCAUGGACGGACGGGUCAACGGAGGACUGAACCUCUCCAGAGCCAUCGGCGACCACUUCUAUAAGAGGAACAAGUCGCUGCCGCCAGAGGACCAGAUGAUCUCUGCCAUGCCCGACGUCAAAGUUCUGACACUGAACGAAGAUCACGACUUCAUGGUCAUCGCCUGCGACGGCAUCUGGAAUGUGUUGAGCAGUCAGGAGGUGGUGGACUUCAUCAGUGAGAGGAUCAAACCCGACCAGGACGGACAAACCCGAGCCCUGUCCUCCAUCGUGGAAGAGCUCCUGGACCACUGCUUGGCGCCGGACACGUCUGGAGACGGAACGGGAUGCGACAACAUGACCUGCAUGAUCGUGACGUUCAGGGCGCACCCGGCGCAGUCGGACGACACGAAGAAGAGGAAGCAGCCGGAGGGCGGCGAGGAGGCGGAGCCGGAGGAGAACGGGAACGACAGCAAAAAGGCGAGAAGCGACUAAAGGAGGAGAGGAACUCCCCCAGAGGGAGCCGCUGGUCUCACGCUACCACAGACGCAUUCUGUACAAAAUGAAAUCCUUACCUCACCGACAUAAUUUCCUCCCCGACGCCACAGAGAGCAACAUCAGCUCCCCUGAGAUCGUGUGCUUUUGUUUUUUAUCACUCGUGCUCUGCUCUGGGUGGAUCUCCACAUCGACUCGCCCUGCAGCCGUUUUAUUUUAUCGGUUCAGACUUUGUCUGGCCAACUCAAUGAAUUUCUCAAAUGAAGGCCCCAGCGCAAAAGGGAAACCGGUCCACAGAAAUAAGAUUAUUCCUCAAGGCUCCAGUCGCUUCCCUGAUCGAUUUUGUUCAGACUUGCCUGCGUCUGAUUGGUGUUUUGCUGUCGGACCUGCCGUUCCUUGUGGCGCCGCGCCGCCUGUGUCCCUGAAGGUGGCGGGAGUUUCCUGUAGCUGCUGUCAGUGAGUGAGGCGCAUCAUGUUCCGACUUCGGGUCGUUGCGUGUCUGUCUGAAUGUGUCGGUUCCGUGUUCCGGGUUCCUCUGUCGUAAAAUCCCAACCUGUGGCUCUGGUUUCGCUCAUCACAAAGAGAGGAAUGGGUUAUUUGCUCCUGUCCUUCAUAUAUCUAUCUUUCCAUUUAAGUAUCCAUCAUUCAUUAAUAAUUUUGUUUUGUCUUGCUGAUCUUGUAAAAUGCCUUUUUCUCAUUCCUGGUUUGUUUGUGUUGUUGAAAAGCCUGUAAAUGUUCAUGUGGGGAAAAUGUUGCCGUUUUUGAAGCUCAUCAAAUUUCCACGGCAGGAAAACCGGAUCGUCUUCAGCACCUUCCUUUGUUCCCACUGUAAAACCUUUUAAGGAUAAUCUUUAGGACAUGUAUUUUACGUAAAAAUAUAUUUUUUUCUUUUGGAUGAAAUCAGUCCUGUGGCAAAUUUUAAAGAAGGAAUUUCUUUUUCAUAAGCACAUUCUGAUAAAACCUUGCUGCUGGACUGUAGGAAGAAAGCACAGGGUUAUUUUUUUGAGACGGAAACAUUUUGAAGUUCAGAGCACCGAGUCUGUAACUGUUAUUAUUUUUCCUUUGGGUUUUCAUUUUCAGAAGUCUGAUUUAAAUCGAUGUGACUGUAAGUUUCUAGUGUACUCUCUCGUCAGCGUAACCUUUUUUCUGUACAUAGGUUUUUCAAUACUUGCAAUCAAAGAAAGAAAUGCUUUUUCUUUGUAAUUGUGAGUCAGUGUGACAUUUUGGUGCAUACUCUUUUGACACCAGUAUGUAAGUACAUACAAAUACAUUUUUUUAAAUAAUCACAUUUACUCUGUGUGUAUGAAUGCCUUAAAAAAUUCUGGUUGUUUCUUCUAGAAAAUAAAAUUAAUAUAGUUUUGAAUAAAAUGUACAGAGGCAAAGAGA